ACAGUUGAGCUGUGUCUUGAGCAUGGCCACGCUGAGCAGCACCGCGCACGUUAGCACCAACCCCUUCAGCUCCUCAAUUGUCCCUCUCUCACAGCUCGUAAAGGUCGCCGCAGCAUCAAAGAAGUCGCGGCGAGUGAGGUGCGCAUUGCCACCCUCGAAUUGGCGGGAGAGCAGACGAUUGGUCUCCAUCUCUCUCUCUCUCGCCCUCUCUAAUCUGCUCCUUGUCCCUAACCCUGCUGUUGCCGGCGGAUUCGACAAGUAUGUGAAAAGGAAGAAGCUCGACCCUCUCGAGGCUUAUGUGUCGCCAGUCAUACUCACCCAAUUACAAAUCAAGGACUUGGAGAAAUCUCUGGAAGGUGAUCAACCCCAGUUUGCUACUUGCCGGUCUCUGCUGCGUUCAGGCCCUGCAGCGUCCCUUCGCAUAAAUAUUCGAGCUGUGGCGCAGUAUGCUUCAGAUGAUGGUAAUGGGAAGGCUGCUUCGAGCGAUGUUGAUCAAUGUCUCAGGGCCUUGGAGGAACUGGAUUCCUUGCUUUUGCACGCAACAAGGAACGAACGAGCUCCGGUCAGUUCGAUGAAGGCACAGAUUGAUACUGCCCUUAAUGCGUUGGACAGCCUCCUCAAAACUGUACCUUCGGAAGUGCUAGACAAGGGGAAGGUAGCGGCCGAUUCUUACCGGAACUCAUUAGAGAACGCAGAUCUUGAUAUUUCGGACCCGGACCUGAAGCAGUUGGAAUCGAUAUUGUAAAUACAGGAGCUAUGAAAAUCUCCCAACACAUACACGGAUGGUUUGUAUACUUUGUAUGGUGAUACAUUGUUUUUCCUUUCA